UUUCUCGCCCGCGUGAGGGUCAGCGCGCUGCUCGGUGAUGAAGGGACAGCGCGGCAUCAUGUGAAACUUGAGGGGGCUGCAGUCGGGUUUGUCCGCAGACGCGCGCUGUGACUACAAGAGGACGCAUUGAGAGAGAUAGUGACAUUUCAUUCCUGUGGUGAGUUCUUUAUAAAUAGGACAGUGAGCGAUGUGGCGCGCGUGGAACAUGUAAUUUGGCGGAUUUUGGGUUUGUGUUUGUGGAAUAUGGAGCCCGGACGCCCUGGGGAAGGACUUUGUUUUGUGAAGUUCCUGUGGAAGCGAUGGGACAUUUGUUUUUAAAUACAAUUCCAAGCUACUGGAUCUCUGUGAGGACUGCUGAUGAGUUCACUAAGCAGACAGGAUUCCUGAAAUCACUUUUAGUUUGUGCAGACAAAAGGAAACAAUCUGAGGAAUUAACUACCUCUUCAUCACUGCAGCCCAAAUAAUGUCAAGUCUAAUUUACAAAGCCAGGAGAAUGUUUGUCCCAGAGCACACUUGCCUCAGCCGAAUCAUGUUUCAUAAUUUAUCAGCAGAAAGAAUGAUGGAGAUUUUUUUGCCAGACUGGACAUCAGGAGCUUCCUAAAUUCCAAUGGAUAUAAUGUAGCAGGACUCUAUCAGUAUGGCAUAAAUGCUUCCAGCACACUGGUUUUCAGGGAUGGAUCUAAUGAACUUCACAACCGUCAUUGAUGACGGCUUUUUGGAUGAGACACCAUCGAGCCGUGUCCUGACUGGCUGUUUUCUCUCGCUGCUCAUCCUCACCACCUUGCUGGGAAACACUCUGGUUUGUGCAGCUGUCACCAAGUUUCGACACCUGCGCUCAAAAGUGACCAACUUUUUUGUGAUCUCCUUGGCUGUGAGUGACCUCUUGGUUGCGAUUUUAGUGAUGCCAUGGAAAGCUGUGACUGAGAUUGCAGGGUUCUGGCCGUUUGGCUCCUUCUGUGACACCUGGGUAGCUUUUGACAUUAUGUGCUCCACGGCAUCUAUUCUGAACCUUUGUGUCAUAAGCUUGGACCGAUAUUGGGCCAUCUCCAGCCCCUUUCGCUAUGAAAGGAAGAUGACGCCACGAGUGGCCUGCAUGAUGAUCAGCAUGGCCUGGACAUUGUCUGUCCUUAUUUCCUUCAUCCCUGUGCAGCUCAACUGGCACAAGACCGAGACUAAAUCUUACAAACCUCUCACUGAAUCAUUAGUGUCACUGGGAUCAAAUGCUACAUCUGAUCAAAGCCCAGAGAAUUGUGACUCGAGCCUAAAUAGGACCUAUGCCAUCUCCACCUCUCUCAUAAGCUUUUACAUCCCUGUGGUCAUCAUGGUGGCCACAUACACUCAGAUCUAUCGCAUUGCACACAGACAAAUCAGGAGGAUUUCUGCCCUGGAGCGUGCGGCUGAAAGUGCCAAGAACAGACACAACAGCAUGGGUAGAGGCUCCAGCAUCGCAGAGUCAGAGAGCUCUUUCAAAAUGACAUUUAAGAGAGAGACAAAGGUGUUGAAGACGCUGUCGGUGAUUAUGGGGGUGUUUGUGUGCUGCUGGCUUCCAUUUUUCAUCUUAAACUGCAUGGUGCCCUUCUGCGAGCAGUCGAGCGGAGGAGAGGCUUUUCCCUGCAUCAGCCCUACCACCUUUGACGUGUUCGUGUGGUUCGGAUGGGCUAAUUCCUCCCUCAACCCCAUAAUCUAUGCCUUCAAUGCUGAUUUCCGCAAGGCCUUCUCCAUCCUGCUGGGCUGCCACAGACUGUAUCCAGGAGGCCACAACAUUGAGACGGCCAGUCUAAACAAGAAAUGACUCAUGAAUCUCACAGCACUGACUCAUCCUUUGAUUCCAAGAGUCCAAGAGUUCCUGCUGCAGCCGGUCUGACUGAUUUCAAAUGAGGCUGUCGCUUUCUGUGAUUCUGUUCUAACUCUUAGUGUGACGUAAGGGCGCCAUGACCACAUAUAUGCCCAAGUUUGCAUUAGGUGAGGGACCUGCCUUUGUGCAGACUGUCAUGGUGAGACUACUGUGCUUACUCACAAUCUUCAGAAGCUCCUGAGAGAGUUGAGGAGAUUUGGGAUUAGGACUCUCUGCUGUUGUGCCAGGGGUCUGAGGGUGCAGCGGUGCUGACAUGCUGCGCGGACAGAUAAUCCCAGAACUGGGCAGUGUGCACCAUGUCCGACACCGCUGUCCUCCUUACCAUCGCACUGACAUACACAACCACACACAACAUCAAAGGGAACUCCGCCAAAUACAACAUAACUGUGCUGCAAUGCUCACACACUUCAACGUGACAGCUCACAGAAAUAUUCAUGCGCAGGACAUUAAAAUCCUUGGCUCUGUAAUGGACUCCUGAGGUAAAGCAUUGUACCAAAUCAUGUUUGGCAUAAGUGCAGGUAAAUACACCCACAAGUGACUUAAUAUUACAAACCGAAUGAAAACAGAUUGGAUUUAGCUCAUACAUGUUUUAAAUGAAAGUUCUGGGAAGUGAAAGCUGUGAUCUGGAUUUCUUUUAGAAGCAACAGCAGCUUAUAAAUCUCCAAACUGUCUCAUAGCUGAUAUGGAUUUAGACAUUUUACAUAUUCUAAAUGUAGAAUCAUUAUAACUGUAAACCACAUUUACUGUUGAGCCCUUUGAUAAAUUAUUACUACUUGAAAAUGUUGUAUGGUUGACUUGCUUGUAUUACCUAGUGAACCCUGUAUUUAAUAUUAAGAGAAGCUGAUAAUGUUUUUAUGAAGACAAAGAUACAAACAAAGCCUUAGCUGGAAACAUUUCAGAGCUCAAACUCAAAAUGAGCUAAAAAUGAAUAAAUACGUGAUAAUCACUCAGCUUUAGCAUGUAUGAAUGUCGGUGUUGUUUUAUGGGUUUAGCUGGGUCUGUUGAUAUGAUAAAAACUUGGCAAAAAAAGUAAAGUAAUUUGCAUUUAUUUGAU